AUGGUGUUUCAUUCUUAUUCAAAUUAUGCAAAGUACGCUUGGGGUGCUAAUGAACAUCGACCAAUAUCAAAAACUGGCCAUUCAGCAAAUAUAUUUGGAUCGAGUCCAUUAGGAAUAUCAAUUAUUGAUAGUAUUGAUACAAUUUAUUUAGCUGAUUUAAAAGAAUUUUAUCAAAAAUCAAGAGAUUGGAUCGAAACGAAAUUUAAUCCAAAUGUGCCAAGUGAAGUCUCUGUAUUUGAAAUCAAUAUUCGACUCGUUGGUGGUUUUCUUUCUAUUUAUGCUUUAACUAAUGAUAAAUUAUACCUUGACAAAGCUGAGCUGAUGGCUAAUCGUCUUCUUCCGGCAUUUGAUACUCCAACUGGCAUUCCUCAUGCUCUGAUAACUUUAUCGAAUGGAGCUUCAAAAAAUUGGAAUUGGGCUGCUGGUGGUUGUUCGAUUUUGUCAGAAUUUGGCACAGUUCAUCUUGAAUUUCAAUAUUUAUCUCAAUUAACAGGCAAAGAUAUUUAUUUACAAAAGGUUGAAAAAAUAAGAAAAGUUCUUAAAGGAGCAUCCGAGAAUAAUAUGUACUAUAAUUAUCUUAAUCCACAAACAGGAGCAUGGUGUCAAAAACAUGCGUCACUUGGUGCAUUAGGUGAUAGUUUUUAUGAAUAUUUAUUAAAAAGUUGGAUUUUAUCUGGAAAAAAAGAUGAAGAAGCUCGUUCAAUGUAUGAAAAUGCAAUGAAAGCAGCCGAAGAAGCAAUGUUAAGAAAAACACCAACAUCAAAUUUAAUGUAUUUUGGCGAACAACGUUCAGGUCGAUUGGAUCCACAAAUGGGCCAUUUAACAUGUUUUGUUGGUGGACUUUACGUUUUAUCUGCAUCAUCCGGUGCAAUAUCUUUAAAUUCAUCAGCUAAAAAUCAAAUGGAAAUAGCACAAGCGAUUGGAAAAACAUGCCGAGAAUCUUACACAAGAACAGCCACUGGUCUUGGUCCAGAAGCUUUUCACUUUGAACGAACUGAUGUUGAAGCUAAAGCAUUACGAGAUCAGGAAAAAUAUUAUAUAUUAAGACCUGAAGUUAUUGAAACAUGGUUUUAUUUAUGGAGAAAUACACAUGAACAAAUUUAUCGUGAUUGGGCUUGGCAAGCUAUUAUUAGUCUUGAAAAAUAUUGCCGAGUGGAAGGUGGUUAUUCCGGUAUAAGAGAUGUUUAUUCGUCAGUAGUUUCUCAUGAUGAUGUUCAACAAAGUUUUUUUAUUGCUGAAACAUUAAAAUAUCUCUUAUUAAUAUUUUCUGAUGACUCUUUCAUAUCAUUAGACACAUAUGUCUUUAAUACUGAGGCUCAUCCUUUCCGUAUUCGCACUUCGUGA